AUGGUGGAUGGUCUUGUAUCAGCGGUCAGAGCACAGCUAGUAUAUAACAGUAAUAUGGUGGAUGGUCUUGUAUCAGCGGUCAGAGCACAGCUAGUAUAUAACAGUAAUGUGGUGGAUGGCCUUGUAUCAGCGGUCAGAGCACAGCUAGUAUAUAACAGUAAUAUGGUGGAUGGUCUUGUAUCAGCGGUCAGAGCACAGCUAGUAUACAACAGCAAUAUGGUGGAUGGUCUUGUAUCAGCGGUCAGAGCACAGCUAGUAUAUAACAGUAAUAUGGUGGAUGGUCUUGUAUCAGCGGUCAGAGCACAGCUAGUAUACAACAGCAAUGUGGUGGAUGGCCUUGUAUCAGCGGUCAGAGCACAGCUAGUAUACAACAGCAAUAUGGUGGAUGGCCUUGUAUCAGCGGUCAGAGCACAGCUAGUAUACAACAGCAAUAUGGUGGAUGGUCUUGUAUCAGCGGUCAGAGCACAGCUAGUAUAUAACAGUAAUAUGGUGGAUGGUCUUGUAUCAGCGGUCAGAGCACAGCUAGUAUAUAACAGUAAUAUGGUGGAUGGCCUUGUAUCAGCGGUCAGAGCACAGCUAGUAUAUAACAGUAAUAUGGUGGAUGGCCUUGUAUCAGCGGUCAGAGCACAGCUAGUAUACAACAGCAAUAUGGUGGAUGGCCUUGUAUCAGCGGUCAGAGCACAGCUAGUAUAUUAUCGCAGUAUGGUACUCCGGUGA